CCUCGCUCUCGCUGCUCUUUUAUUUAUUACUAUAUAUAUUUUUAUAUAAAUUAAUUGUUGAUUCUUCUCGACGACGACGUCUUCUCCGGUUUCGUUUUGCUUCGAUCACGUUUUGGUUGCAGGAGACGGUGUUCAUUAGCCAUAUAUUUCUUUGUUUGGUGGGAUUAGUGGAAGAUGAUUCCUUAUGCAGCUGGUGUUAUUGUGCCUUUGGCUUUAACGCUUCUGGUUCAGAAAUCUAAGAAAGAAAAGAAAAGAGGUGUUGUUGUUGAUGUUGGUGGUGAACCAGGUUAUUCCAUUAGGAAUCACAGGUUUACUGAUCCUGUUAGUUCCCAUUGGGAAGAUAUCUCCACGCUUCCCGAGCUCUUUGAGCUUUCCUGUAAAGCUCACAGCGAUAGGUCUUUCCUUGGCACACGGAAGCUGAUCUCUAAAGAGAUUGAGACUAGCGAGGAUGGAAAAACAUUUGAGAAACUUCAUUUGGGCGACUAUGAGUGGCUCACUUUUGCCAAGACCCUCGAAGCAGUGUGUAAUUUCGCCUCUGGGCUGGUUCAGAUUGGACACAAGACGGAAGAACGUGUCGCCAUUUUUGCUGAUACUAGAGAAGAGUGGUUCAUUUCCCUACAGGGUUGCUUCAGGCGCAAUGUCACUGUGGUAACUAUCUAUUCAUCUUUGGGAGAGGAAGCUCUUUGUCACUCGCUGAAUGAGACAGAGGUCACAACUGUAAUAUGUGGUAACAAAGAACUGAAAAAGCUCAUGGACAUAGGCCACCAGCUUGAAACUGUGAAACGUGUGAUAUGUAUGGAUGAUGAGUUCCCAUCUGAUGUGAACAGUAAUUGGAUGGCGACUUCAUUUGCUGAUGUUCAGAAACUUGGGCGGGAAAACCCUGUGGACCCUAAUUUUCCCCUCUCAGCAGAUGUUGCUGUUAUAAUGUACACCAGUGGAAGCACUGGACUUCCCAAGGGUGUUAUGAUGACCCAUGGUAAUGUCCUAGCUACAGUUUCAGCAGUGAUGACAAUUGUUCCAGACCUUGGAAAGAGGGAUACGUACAUGGCAUAUUUACCUUUGGCUCACAUCCUUGAGUUAGCAGCUGAGAGCGUAAUGGCUACUAUUGGGAGUGCUAUUGGAUAUGGGUCUCCCUUGACGCUUACGGAUACUUCAAACAAGAUAAAAAAAGGUACCAAAGGAGAUGUCACCGCACUAAAGCCCACUAUAAUGACAGCUGUUCCAGCCAUUCUUGAUCGUGUUCGGGAUGGUGUCCGCAAAAAGGUUGACGCGAAGGGGGGAUUUUCAAAAAAAUUGUUUGACUUUGCAUAUGCUCGGCGAUUAUCUGCAAUCAAUGGAAGUUGGUUUGGAGCCUGGGGAUUGGAAAAGCUUUUAUGGGAUCUGCUUGUUUUCAGUAAAAUCCGUGCAGUCUUGGGAGGUCAAAUCCGCUAUUUGCUCUCUGGUGGUGCCCCUCUUUCGGGUGACACUCAGAGAUUCAUUAACAUAUGCGUUGGGGCUCCAAUCGGUCAGGGAUAUGGGCUCACAGAGACUUGUGCUGGUGGAACCUUCUCUGAGUUCGAUGACACAUCCGUUGGCCGUGUGGGUGCUCCACUUCCUUGCUCCUUUGUAAAGCUAGUAGACUGGCCGGAAGGCGGGUAUCUAACCAAUGACAAGCCGAUGCCCCGUGGUGAAAUCGUAAUUGGUGGCUCAAAUAUCACGCUUGGGUAUUUCAAAAAUGAGGAUAAAACUGAAGAAGUGUACAAGGUUGAUGAAAAGGGGAUGAGGUGGUUCUAUACAGGAGACAUAGGGCGAUUUCACCCUGAUGGCUGCCUUGAGAUAAUAGACCGAAAAAAGGAUAUUGUUAAACUUCAGCAUGGAGAAUAUGUCUCCUUAGGCAAAGUGGAAGCUGCUCUCAGUAUAAGCCCCUAUGUUGAAAACAUAAUGGUUCAUGCUGAUUCAUUCUACAGUUACUGUGUGGCCCUUGUGGUCGCAUCCCAACAUACGCUUGAAGGUUGGGCUUCAAAGCAAGGAAUAGACUUCGCCAACUUUGAAGAACUGUGCACGAAAGAACAAGCCGUGAAAGAAGUGUAUGCGUCUCUUGUGAAGUCGGCUAAACAAUCGAGAUUGGAGAAGUUUGAGAUACCAGCAAAGAUCAAACUGUUGGCAUCUCCAUGGACGCCAGAGUCAGGCUUAGUGACAGCAGCACUAAAGCUUAAAAGAGAUGUAAUUAGGAGGGAAUUCUCUGAAGAUCUCACCAAGUUAUAUGCCUAAACUUUUAUCCUCUCUCUACUUUGUUUGUGUUUUUUUUUCUUUGGUGCCCAACGCAUUCGAAAGACACAACAGAGGAACAACAAAACUUAGUUCCAAGAGUAUCUCCUUUCUCUUAGAUGUCUGUGUGUCUUAUUGCGUCUCAACAACAAUAUUUUAGGCUUUGGGACUAAAGUCUAUAUACAACUGAAUGGGCCUCUCUAUCAAACCAGAUUAUAAUUAA